GUCAUAGGUAAAUUACUACAGGUUUUGAUCCUUCACUUUAGUAAAAAAAAAAAUAUUUGAAUUUUGAUUCUUUCACUUCACACUGAGUAACCCUGAUCACGUAAUUGCCCCCAAUGGAAUCCGGUGACGGUUACGGCGGAAGAAAAGAAACUCAACAAACUUCCGACGAGGUGAUUCUUCAACCAGAAUGGAGACGCCGAACUGCUUCCACCGGAAGAGACCAAAACCUUACUCUCCAACCAGAAUGGAGGCGAGGUAGGUCAACCGCUUCUCCUUCUCCUUCCGGUGCCGGCGAUGAAGUUCAAAAGAAAGAAGAAGAACAGAAAAAGGAGAUUCUCUUUCAACCGGAAUGGCGAAGCUCAAAGGUGAAUGCUAGUGGUGUUUGGGAACCAGAAUGGAGACGAUCAAGGUCUACUGCUACUGCUACUGCUUAUCCAUGGAAUCAAAAUUAUGGUGUGAGGAAAUCGGUAGGAUCGAGUUCUGGUGGUGUUCAAAGAGGUAGAAACAUUGAUGAAUCGCGGCGAAAUGCUCCAGCAUUAGAUGACGCCGUUCCCAAACUGGAAAGACUGCAAAUAUCGGACAAUUUAGCUACAGCAUCUUCUUCACUUGAAAAAAAGGAUAAAACUUUGCCUAUUCGGAGACCUGACAAUGGUGGCACGUUAGCGGUUCUUACACGCACACUCCGUGUCAAUCAUUUUCCUGUUAAGUUCAAUCCAGAUAGUAUAAUAUUUCAUUAUAAUGUUAAUGUCAAAUCGAAGUUUUCUUCAAAAGUUGGCCAGCCUCGUAAGUUAUCUAAUGCUGAUCUGUCCGUGAUUAGAGAGAAAUUGUUUUCUGAUGAUCCUGAGAGGUUUCCCUUGGAUAUGACUGCACAUGACGGUGCAAAAAAUAUCUUUAGUGCAGUGCAGUUACCAGAAGAGACCAUUACUGUGGAGAUCUCUGAAGGAGAGGAUGAAAAGAUCACUUUAUAUAGUGUUACCCUGACACUUCUUAAUAAACUCAGACUUUGCAAGUUAAUGGACUAUCUUUGUGGGCAUUCAUUCUCUCUUCCCAGGGAUAUUUUGCAAGGGAUGGAUGUGGUGAUAAAAGAGAAUUCCAAUAGGUGCACAAUUUCUGUGGGACGAUACUUCUAUCCCACAAAUCCUCCUCUGGUAAUGAAGGAACUUCGACCUGGAAUAAUCGCAGUCGGGGGGUAUCAUCAUAGUUUAAAACCUACAUCUCAGGGUCUGUCCUUAUGUGUAGACUACUCGGUGGUGCCUUUCCGAAAGCAAAUGUCAGUCUUGGAUUUCUUGCAUGAGCGUAUCGAAAACUUUAGCUUGGGUGAAUUUGAAAAUUUCAGGAAAUAUGUUGAGGAGGUGCUUAUUGGAUUGAAAGUUAGUGUGACUCACCGUAAAUCCCAACAGAAAUAUAGCAUUGUACGAUUAACACCUACAGCUACAAGGUAUGUCACUUUCCCCAUAGACAAUACUAAGGGAUGGAAACUUGAAAAGGAAGUCAGUCUUCUUAGCUUUUUUAAUGACAAAUAUGGUAAGGACAUUGUAUACAAAGAUAUUCCUUGUUUAGAUUUAGGGAAAGGAAACAAGAAGAACUAUGUACCCAUGGAAUUUUGUGUUGUAGCUGAGGGCCAAAGAUAUCCCAAGGAGCGUUUGGAUGGUGUUUCUGCGAAGACAUUGGAAGCAAUGGCACUAGCUCACCCAAGCGAGAGGCAGGGUGCCAUACAGAAGAUGGUGCAAUCGAGUGAUGGACCUUGCGGUGGUGAUCAUAUUCAGAAUUUUGGAAUGAGAGUCAGCACGACCAUGACAACCAUUCUAGGACGUGUAAUUGGCCCCCCAGAAUUGAAGUUGGGUGAUCGAAAUGGCAAGAAUAUCAAGAUAACAGUGGAUCUAGAUAAAUGUCAUUGGAACCUUGCUGGAAGAUCAAUGGUGGAAGGCAAACCAGUUGAGCAUUGGGCAAUUCUUGAUUUCACCAGUGUUGGGCCGUAUAAUAAGAAAUUAAGACGAAAGGAAUUCAUUGAAAAACUUAUUGGUAAAUACAAAAGGUUGGGUAUCUUUAUGCAAGAGCCCAUUUGGUAUGAAGAAUCUUCAAUGAAGAUACUUUCAAGUCAUGACUUGCUAUCUGAAUUACUUGAAAAAGUCAACAACAUUUGUAAAAAUAGCCAAGGUGGUCUACAAUUUCUUCUGUGUGUGAUGGCUUAUAAAAAUCCAGGUUACAAAUACCUCAAGUGGAUUUCUGAAACCAAAGUUGGUAUAGUGACUCAAUGUUGUUUGUCUCCUAGUGCUAAUCAAGGGGAUGACAAAUUCUAUACUUAUCUAGCUCUCAAGAUCAAUGCCAAGCUUGGAGGCAGUAAUGUAGAGCUCAAUAAUAGGCUCCCUUACUUUGAGGGUGACGAACAUGUUAUGUUUAUUGGGGCUGAUGUCAAUCACCCUGGUUUUCGGGACAACAAGAGUCCAUCAAUUGUUGCUGUGGUUGCAACCGUUAAUUGGCCCGCUGCAAAUCGUUAUGCAGCUCGUGUUUGCCCUCAAUGCAAUCGAAGUGAGAAAAUAUUAAACUUCGGGGAGAUUUGUGUUGAGCUUGUUGGUUGUUAUUGGAGGGCGAAUGGAGUCAGGCCAGAAAAAAUUGUUGUUUUUCGUGAUGGGGUGAGUGAGUACCAGUUUGACAUGGUUCUUAAUGAAGAGCUACUUGAUUUGAAGAGAGCAUUCCAAAGAUUAAAUUAUUUCCCAACGAUCACUCAUAUUGUAGCACAAAAACGACAUCAAACUCGUUUUUUUCCAGACAGUUGGAGGGAUGGGUCUUCCAGUGGCAAUAUUUUACCGGGAACUGUUAUUGACACAAAAGUUACACACCCCUUUGAGUUUGACUUUUACCUUUGUAGUUACUAUGGAAGCCUAGGUACAAGCAAGCCCACUCAUUACCAUGUUUUAUGGGAUGAACACAAGUUUACAUCUGAUGAAUUGCAGAAACUUAUAUAUGAAAUGUGCUUCACAUUUGCAAGGUGCACUAAACCUGUAUCUUUAGUCCCUCCUGUGUAUUAUGCUGACCUUGCUGCUUAUAGAGGACGGUUAUACCACGAAGCAAAGAUUGGGAUGCAACCUAAGAAGUCAAAAGCAUCUUCAUCUUCUAAAGAUUCAUCUUCGGUUCCACCAACAGCUUCGUUUGAACAGGGAUUUUACAGGUUGCAUGCUGACCUGGAAAACAUAAUGUUCUUCAUCUAAGGGAGCUAUCAUCCACUUGUACAGAAGCUGGGGAAAAUUUUGUGACUUACUCCUGUCUACACAUAUUGUGUCUUCUGCUUUUUUCUAUUGAAAACAGUGAAGUAGUUUGUGUGUGAAUCUAACGGCUUAGGUUAUGAGUCUGAUAUACAUUUCCAUUUUAGACGAGUUUUUUUCCCUGGAAAAUUUACGGGCUCUAAUCAAUUGACCACUCUGGAGUUCAAAGCCUAGUUCUUCAAGUAAAAUUUUGAUCUUCAAUUGAGCUCGUAUUUAAGGCACUGUUUUUCUCUUCCCGCACCUCGUGCACCUUAAGUGUUUUUCAGGUUAUCUGGAAUCUCAAAAAUCCGUAACUAAUAGGAAAUUCAGUCUUCAAAUGCCAUGGUUGAGUUUAAAACUGGGAAUGAUGUAUAAUAGCCUGAGAAAUCUGUUAAGUAUCUCAGUUUUCCUAAUCCUAUGUAUGUAUUACCUGGAAGUACUAGUUUCAUAGUUUCUAACAUCCACAUGUGAAUCUGCAAACUUGCAUAGAAGCUUCUUAUAGACCUAAUGUCACACUGAACUGAUCAUGAUUACAAAUACUGUCAUCUCAGAAAGGAGGAAGCGACAAAAUUGGACAAAAAGUAUACUCAUCAGUCACCACUGAUCACAUCAGGCAUGCUGCAGCGAAGAUUGUGAUCGAUGACUUGUAAGCUAUGUGCACAUUGAUAAGGGAAUAAUCAAUUUUUUCUUCAUGAUAUUUUAACCCCAGACACACAGAAUCUGUUAUCAAAUCUUUCUUGGAACUUCCACUUCUUGACACGCCCACCCGGGGGACCGUGUCUUUUAUGAAACUCGAGCAUUCUAUGCACAAUUUCUUUUUAUAUAUAUACUCCCUCCGUCCCAAAUUAUAAGGAAAAAUUGGUCAAAGAAAGUUAAUGUAUUUGGUUAAAAAUUUGGACUAAAUACAUCAACUUUGUUUGACCGAUUUUCCCUUAUAUUUUGAGAUGGAGGAGUAUUUCGUACCUAUGAUUUAUGAUUGAUUCAAUAGUGAUAUUUCACAUGUAAUUGAAGUGUUUAUGCUA